UCCAGCGUCACUCAGCAACAGCCUUAUAAACUGUUUAAAUGCCUCUCGAUGCACAUGACACUGAGAGCGGCUGAAACUUACAGUGUUACAGGAAGAUCGUGACAUAUCAGAAAACCAUUGGGAUGGCAAGUAAAAUAUGAUGACAUGGCUCUCCUUGAAAAUCUCCAAGCAUUACUAGAGCCAUACAAGCUGCGUAUCACUUGUAAAAAGUGCUGUAAAAAACACAAUGAGAUUUCAUAUGACUACAAGGAGACCAGCCAUAACUGCUCAGAAGACAUCUUACUGAUCAAGCGGAAAGGUGACAAUUCAUUGUGGAGGCCUGUUGCCCCUCGGCCAGGCCAUCCCAGACCUCAUGAGCCUCACAAGUAUGUUGUUUGCUGGUACUUCACUGAAGGAAGCGGAUGCAGCCAGCAUGGAAGCAGAUGUACCUUUGCUAGGAGCUCAGAAGAAGCAGCAUUGUGGAACAUCAUGAAGGAUAAAAACCUUACAAUUGCUAAGCUUGUGAAAAUGCUAAAACAAAACCAAAGGACACAACAAGGAGGGCAGUUUGACUGCACAUUCUGCAAGAACCACUUCCAGACAGAGGAGGACCUGAUGAACCACUGUUUCACUGUGAAGCACCGGAGACUGAUCUUUGAAGAUACCUCUCAGACUUGGAAGUAUCGUGAUCCGCCGCCAGCGUACAAGGACCUGAAAUUGUGUGAAAGUCCCCUGAUAUGUGAGUAUGGUGACAAUUGCCCGGAGGCACACAGUCAACAGGAACUUCAUGAAUGGCAAAAGAGAAUCAAGGCAUCAAGAAAAAGAGCCAGGGAUGCAGCCGAGAUGGGUCUCCUGUCCUAUCAGGACAAUCUUUUGGAGGAAUACAGACACAGUAACGACAAGAAAAUGAUUGUCAGUGACACCCUUCCUGAUGUUAUUAUCAGCUGUGACUCAGAUAUAGACAGUGUGUAUGUAAGGAAAAAGGGAAUACAGUGUACGUGGAAUUUUACCAUUACUUCUAAGGAACCUCUAAAGACUAUUGCUUUAUUCAAACGGGAACUGGGGGCGAAAUUCAGCCUAGGAAAAGAUCCCAAUGAGGAACAGACAUAUUCCAGCAGUGACUGGUUUAAAACAAACCAAACAGAGUAUGAAAUCCCAGUGUCCUUCAAAUCUGAUCAAUUAGGCAAGUAUGAGCAGUGGGUAGUGUUUGACUUCAACACGAGACCCGUACUACGACAAAAAAUCAAGGUCAGAGUUGGAGAGGAUGAGUGUAAGGGAACAUCAGUCACAUGUCCAGCACCUGAGGUUCUUCUAGAAAAACAAGAGUCUGCCAGGAAUCUUGAACCCUGGAAUGAGGAAAGUCUGGAAAGUAUUCCUUACUUUCAAAGAGAAGAGGCAGAAAGAAAGCUGAUAAACAGAUACAAGCUGAUCUUGACAGAGGAGAUGAACGGUGUGAUUGACCGUGACAAUUACAAACACAGCAUGCACAAUUUUUUAUAUCAGGAGGAAAAGGUCGAAGGUGAACUGCUAUCCAGGCUGAAUCUUCGAGGGACUGCUCAGUUGCAAAAUUACUUGUCUGAUGACAGGUUUGGAUUGAAAUGUGCUUAUCCCGGGACACUUCUUGCUGCCGUGCCUCUGCCUCACACACUCACUCCUGAUGCUCCUCAAGGCUUCAUCCUGAAAAGACAUGCUAUCAGAUCUCUUGUUCGUUUUGUGAAAAACGAUGAAUAUCUUGGACCCAUUUAUGAGGCUGAGUUUCUGAAAGACGCUGCCACAGAGAAACAAGUACUUUUGCAGCUCUCCAGACAGUGCUGCACUGAUUUGAACCUGCAGAAUGGAGAACGCUGUGAGAUGGAAGUCCAGUUCCAGCUAAACCGUCUCUGGUUCUGUGAGAUGCACAAGGCCAUUGAUGAUCUCCCCAACUUAGACAAAGUCAUGCCUGAUCUCAAAAACAGCAAGUUCUGCAUUUCUUCCCAGUCAGAUACAGGAGAGUUAAAUGAGAAGCAGCAAGCAGCAAUGAACUUUGUUCUGAGUGUAACAGACAAUGGAAGCAGCAUCCCACCUUUGUUGAUUUACGGACCUUUUGGAACAGGGAAAACUCGAACCCUUGCAAAGAUGGCCCAGGCUCUUGUGCAGCAACCACAGAAUAAAAUCCUGAUUUGCACACACACAAACAGUUCUGCUGAUCUUUACGUGAAAGGUCAUUUUCAUGAAUAUGCAACUGUUCAUCAUGAAGCCAAACCACUGAGAAUCAAGGCAAAGGAAAGCAAUCCCAGAUCCACUGAUCCCAUCACCCUAAAGUACUGCCAUUUUUCCAGAGAUGACAGUCAGUUUGAGUUUCCUGAUAAAGCGGUUUUAGACUCCACAAGAAUCAUCAUAACAACAACUGCUUUGGCUCGUUUUUUCCAUGACAUGAAGCUCCCUGAAAACUACUUCAGCCACAUUCUGAUUGAUGAAGCUUCUCAGAUGCUGGAGUGUGAGGCUCUUAUGGCACUGGGCUUAGCAGAUAAAAAUACACGUGUGGUUUUAGCAGGAGAUCACAUGCAGAUGGGACCAAGGCUCUUCUCUGUGAGACAAGACAAAUGUUCAGAACAUACCCUCCUCAAUCGCCUCUUCUAUUACUACCAAGCUGAAAAAAGUGACGGCUCCAAAAAAAGCCGAAUUAUUUUCCGUGAAAACUACCGUUCCACAAAGGACAUUGUGGAUUUUGUUUCAAAACAGUUUUAUGUGGGAAAGAGUGAUGUGAUCAAGGCUAGUGGAGGUGUGCCUCCUCAUCCACACCAGCAUGCCUUGCAGUUCCAUUACGUAAGAGGAGAAUGCUGUUUGGACCCAACAAGCAUGUCCUGGUUCAAUGCGGAACAAAUUCAAAGUGUUGUUGACAUUGUUCAAGGAAUAAUGGAGAAAUGGCCCCAAGAGUGGGGUGAUAAAAAUCCAGAAUCAGUCUGUGUCCUUUCUCAAGGAAGACAGGUGUUGGAAAUCAGACAAAGACUGCGUCAGCUUAGACUGCCCCGUUUCACUGUGGAGAAUGCAGAAAAUGUGCAAGGAAAACAGUUCAGAGUAAUAGUGAUUUCCACGGUGCACACCAAGGACAGCUUACUGGAGGCAGACCGGACCUGUCUUGAAUUUUUUAAUGACAUGCGAGUGCUGAACACCGUUAUGACAAGAGCCCAAUCCCAAAUAUUUGUUGUUGGAGAUGCAGCGGCACUUUGCUGUCAUCAGUUUGGUAUGUGCUGGAGACUAUGGAGAUCAUACAUAGAGGAUUGCAUCAACAAGGAAAGUGCCCACGGCUUUACCUUAGGUUCUUUGAAACAAGAUCUCCUUGAGAUAUCUGAGCUUUGCAGAAGUGAGGAUGAAGAGAGCAGUGAUAGUGAAUCAACUAUGUCUGACAUACCAGACAUAGAAGACCCAAUACUUCAAGAGCUUCUUGAUGAGACCAAAAACAUCAACGUUCCAUUGACAGAGGAAGGCUUGUUUCCAGUAUUUCACCAUGAAAAAUUUGUCAGUAGUGUUAAAAACCAAAUUACAGAAGUAGAUGAAGAGCAAUUGUUGACUAACUCUUUAACACAUAAACGCUGUGAGAUAGUCAUAGAGAGUUUUUAUCAAGCUUAUGCUAGACCACUUGAUGAGCCCUCUCUGAGAAUUAAUAUCAAGGGUAGAAAUAAUAUUGGACAGGCGUUUCCUGGAGACAAGGUAACAGUCAAGAUCCUGAAUGAGAAAGUAGAUCCUCCUAUGGGAAAAGUAAUUGAUGUCCUUGAAAGUGCGGAUGCUGUGAAAGAAUUUGUCUGCACCAUUGAAAGACACGACAAUCAAGUGAUGAUACCUAUCAACAAAUGCAUUUCUAAAAUCUACACGCCAUUUUGGAAAGACAAACCAAACCAUAUUGCUGUAAGAAGUCCUGAGAACCUCAAAGUAGAGAGGUUUAUUAAAGUCAAUAAAGAGGCACACAGAAAAUAUCUCUUCAUUGUCAAAGUGCUUAAGUGGAGAAAUGAUUGCAGAUAUCCUCUGGGGAUUGUUGUUGGACAGUUUCCAAAAAUAACAACUUUAGAAGAGGGAUUGAAGGUUCUUGACAUAGAAUUCCAGUUGAGGCGAACACUUUCUUCAUCUUUAAAAACACAGAUGCAUGACUUACAAAGUACUGAUUUAUUUAAAGAUGGGCGAAGAGAUUUCCGCAUGCUCCCAACAUUCACCAUUGAUCCUGCAGAUUCACAAGACCUUGAUGAUGCAAUUAGUGUACAAGAUUUAGGUGAGUGCUAUGAAAUAGGAGUUCACAUUUCUGAUGUUUCCAGCUUUGUGGCUAAAGACAGCGAACUGGACAAAUAUGCAAGACAGAUGUGUACAACAUUCUAUCCACGUGGAAAGGACCCAAUACACAUGUUCCCUAAAGAACUGAGUACCAAUUUUUUCAGUUUGAUUCCUAACCAAGACAGACGAGCCAUUUCUAUGAUAAUACGAGUAGAUACUAAGACAAACAACAUAAUGGAAAAAUUAAUUUGCACAUCGGUCAUUCACUCCAAGAGGAAAUUUUCUUAUGAUGAAGCUGAGGACAUCCUUGAGAACAAUUAUCAGCCUUCUGACCAGCUUGAAAUCUGCCUUGUGAAAGCAUGGACCUUUGCUGAGGUCCACAGGAGAUUGAGGAAACAGGAAGACUGGUGCUACAAACAGCUAGAUGAGGACGUUACUCUCGGAAGAAGGCAAUCUCACCUGAUGGUGGAAGAGUUGAUGAUUAUGUUUAACCACAUGGUUUCUGAACAUCUUUUGCUUGAUGAAACAACAAGGAGCAUAACUCCACUGAGAUGCCAGGACAGACCAAAAAGUGAAAAGCUCACUGACCUUUUUGAGAAAAAUGCCUCCUUGGUUCCACUUUCUGUUCACUUCUCAAGUCAAGUUCACAAGAAUGAACAUGUGCCUCAUGAACUGAAUAACCAAGGUUUGAUCCACCACAGAGCAAUGCCAAACCCUCAGGUUGACAUUUCUGAUUCUGAAACCUUCCCCAUAUUAAAAUCAGUUUUGAAAUGCUUGAAGACAGCAGCAGAGCAGAAAAAUAUCUACAAAGUAAUUGACUUAAUUGCAUCUGAUGAAAUUCACCCCAAACUUCUCCCUUUUGCUAUUGCAUUUAGGAGACUGUUCCACAAAUCAUGUGUUCUACGCUCAAACUCGACACAUCUCUCAAGAAUUGGCCACUAUGAUUUAUAUCUUGACAGCUAUACAUGGGCAUCAUCUCCAAUCCGCCGAUAUACAGAUAUCAUUGUGCAGCGCCUUCUUCAUUCUGUGACUGAUAAAACAAAUGUUAGGUACACAACUCAUGACAUCGACCUGUGUUGUAUGGAAUUUUCCAGAAAAAACAACCAACAGUCUGCAUAUGAGAAGAAAACAAAUGCUCUAUAUUUUGCAAUAGAAUUGUCAACCCAAAGCAAAAGGAAGGUUGCAUACAUUGUGGAAUUCAGUCCAUCAGGGACAAACUUCAGAUUAUCCUUCCCACUUAACAGAACCUCAAUACCAGAAGACUUAGACAUCAUGUACAGGGAUCUUCAGUUGGCUGAUCAACCACAGUUUGAUGAAACCAACAACUGCUUUAUCUUGAAAUGGGUGCGAAGGAUAUAUUCAUUCUCCAAUCCUCACAUCAUUGCUGAAGUGAAACAACAAACUUCAAACUCAGUCAUGGCCUAUGUCUCUGCAAAGACCUGGAAAGGCCUAGCGGCUGCUCUAAGAGAGGAAAAUUGGGACACAAUGUUUCCCCUGAUUGAGGAGCUUGACGUCAGCUCAAGAAUCAAUUCAAGACAAUUCCAGCAAGGACUAAGAAAUGCUACAAGUUCAGAAAAAUCUGAUCCCAUGUACGCUGAGCAUUAUGCUGAACUGUGGAUGAGAAUAAAGCCAGGCGAGUCAAUCGAAGUUCAGCUAGGUACAGCCAUGGCUCGAGAGCUAAUGACACCAGCAAUUCAGCUGUUUGUUGUUCAUCCAAAAUUUGAGAUUUGUUUGGAGCAUGUGAGAGAUCCAAUCAAGUGUUUUUCAAAAUAUGCACUCCACUCAUCAAGGAAUACAUACAACUCAUACAUGGAUUAUCAGGCAAUAUGGAAACCUUUGUGUGAAAUGGAGUCAGCCUCCAAUGCUGUGGAUGAAAAUGAAAGUAUUCUUAUUGAAGAUGCAACCCUUAAAUGGGAAAGCUCUCAUGAAAAGCUUCAAGGUUUUUUUCUCCUUCCACUUGACAAAAAAUCUCAGUGGUCCAUCGAAUGUGACCUCAAGAACAGUUUCCUCUGCAUUCGAACUAGGAUUCACCAGAGUAGUCCCUUUCUGGAAAACUCUCAGUGCACAGCUCUCAUGGAUAUUCCCUAUAUCACUUGGGUGGCACAUGGCAUAAUUACAAAUGUCGAGGAAAAAGAAUCCAAACAACAGAAGAAUUUGCAAAUUGAUUUUCAGAUUAACCAUAUGCCUAUGACAAAUAUUCCAGAAGCGAUAUUUUGUGAGAGGACGAGAUUUACUCUGGAGCUGAUUCCAAAGCUUCUACCAGAUGUGCGCAAAGAGGAUGCAAUUAACAGUCUAACCAAAGCCAACAUACAUGUCAAAAAUAUUGCCAUGGGCAGGAAAAUCAACACUGAUGGAGGGUGCAACAUUCCGAAGCAGAUGCCACAAGCCAGGUUUAAGAUUGACAAUUAUCUACCUUCUGGGUUUUCUCAUCUAAACAAUAGUCAGUGCAAAGCUAUAAGAGAGGCACUGACCAACCCGUUUACUCUUAUCCAAGGCCCACCAGGGACUGGAAAAACUGUUGUUGGUGUCCAUAUCGUAUACUGGUUGCUCAAAAACAUUCAACAGCUUCCUGCCACCAGUUCUCAGAAGAAGAGAGCAGUUCUGUACUGUGGCCCCUCAAAUAAGUCUGUUGAUGUUGUCGCAGGUCAUCUCCUAAAACUUCAAAAUCAACUUAGACCUCUCAGAGUCUACAGUGAUCAGAUGGAGAUGUUGGAAUUACCUUACCUAGGCUGCAAUCUGAAGCUGUCACGCAAUUCUAAAAGGGGCGAAAAACCCAACAAAGAGCUCAGCUCCAUUGCACUGCACCACUUGAUUCGAAAGGAUGGCAAUCCAUAUUCCACACAAAUUAAAGCUUUUGAAAUGAAAAUUAGCAGAGGAGAUCAACUCACUGCUGAAGAGAAAAAACUCUACAAAGACGCACUCCAAAAGGCUAAAAAUCAUGAAUUACUGCGGCAUGACGUCAUCUUGUGCACGUGCACAGCAGCUUCACACCCUGCCUUAGCUAAAGUCCUCGACUUCAAACAGAUCAUCAUUGAUGAGUGUGCCAUGGCAACCGAACCUGAAGCCUUUAUUCCACUAGUGGCUCAUAAGCCUGAGCAGAUUGUUCUUCUGGGAGAUCACAUGCAGCUGCAGCCUGUAGUCCACUGUGAUGUGGUGGAACGAUUGGGAAUGAGUAAAUCUCUUUUUGAACGUUACAUGGAGAAGGCACUCAUGCUUGACACUCAGUACAGAAUGCAAGAAGACAUUUGUGAAUUUCCAUCUAAGGAGUUCUAUGAAGGAAUGUUAAAAACUGGAAUAUUACCCAAACCAAGUCUCUUCCUUACCGAAUCAAGGCAAACAUGCAUAGUUUUUGGUCAUGUUGAAGGAACGGAGAAAAGUCUGGUGGUCCCGACUGAACGAGGGAAUGAAAAUUCAAAGGCAAAUUUGGAGGAGGCAGAAGAAGUGGUGAGGAUCGCCUUCCUUUUGACUGAGGCUGGGAUAAAGAGAAAAGACAUAGCCAUUCUCACACCAUAUAAUGCUCAAGUGGCAAAUAUCAGAGAGUCCCUGCUUGAGAGGGGUGUGAGUGAUAUCACUGUCAACACCAUCAUGAAAAGUCAAGGAAGUGAGUGGAAAUAUGUCAUCAUAUCGACUGUGCGCUCUUAUCCCAAAUCUGACAUAGAAACACAGCCGACCAAAUCCUGGAUAAUAAAACGACUCGGGUUCAUCAUGGACCCGCACCAAGUUAACGUGGGCAUCACCAGGGCUCAGGAAGGCCUGUGCAUCAUUGGCAAUGAGAACUUGCUGCGCUGCAGUGUUUUGUGGAGAAGACUUCUGGAUCAUUAUCAGGAUAAAGGAUGCUUGGUGAAUCCUGCCCGGAACAUCCUGGUUAAAAACCCCUAGAACUCCUAGAAGAUGAGGUGCUUCGUGCGGUUUUACAUUUGUAGCCGCGCUUGCGCUGUAGCUGUGUAUUAAAUGCGCACUUAUCGAAUGCAUGUCACGCCUCUGUUCAUGCACUGGCUGCCAGUAACUGCUCACAUAAAAGGCCUUAUGUUUGCCGAACAUAGCCACCUUUGGUUCCGCACCCGUUUGGCUAAAUUCAUUACUUCAGAAUAAUGAGACACAAUAUUCUGCCAUUUCAAAGAAGCACAAAAUCACUUUCACAGACGUUUACGUUAAAAGCGGCCGAAUCCUUAGCCAUUUUCAAGAGACGUAAAAGAAAAUACAUCUCUUCCAUCUUUAUUUAGUCGUUAUUUGAACUCUUGCACUAUUAUAUCUGUCUUCUUUUUAUUUAAACACACACACUUGAACCUCUAUUGAUUGCAUUUGUAAUCUUUGUUGUUUUUAAGUAACACUAGCUUUCUUUUUUCUAUAUUCUAUCUAUUUGUUUUCUUAAAAAACUUGCCACAUGCAUUGUUUCUAUUGUCCUUAUUUGUAAGUCACUAAAAGUGUCUGCCAAAUGACUUAAUGUAAAUAUACUCUACUUUUGCUUAAUAUUUGCAUUACUGUUGUGAAAUUUGACACCAGGGAACACUGCACUGUCAGAUACUGCUGGUGUACUUAUAUCAUAAUCUAACUACUCUUGCCUGGCACUUUAGUAUAUAUUACCGUUUAAUAUUUUAUUUAAAAAAAAACAUUGUUUUUGAGACCGUUUUAGUCUUGGGGGAAAAAAACAUAAAUUAGUACAGAAAAUAAACAUUUUGCAUAAAAUUUGUUAGAGCAAAUCUUAAUUUUGUACAUGCAUAUAUACAAAAAAUAUUUCACCUCAAUCUUUAAAUAGGUUUUACCACAACAGCACCGCUAGACUACGACUAUUGCUUGACUACUUGGAGGUGAUGCAUAGCAUAAACAAAUCAUAACACAGUUUGAUUAGUAGCUGUGUAUAUGACAUAUUCUCAGAUGCUGUUCAAUUAUUCGUAUUCACUCGUAUUCAUACUGUUUUCUGUCGUGUCUAUUAGUUUAUAAUGCUAAUGAAAGGACCUGAAUAUUCUGUAUUUAUUUGUUUGCAUGUACAGCUGUUUCCGUGAAUGUAAUAUAUUUCAUAAUUUAUGUUUACUGUGUAUCUCUUCACAUUAUUUGCACAACAGUCGGUACAGGAGCUGUAUGAAGUCACAAAUAAAAAUAGGAUUAGAUCUGUA